UCAUUUGUUUUUAUUUUUUGGCCAUUUUACGAAGCCAUUUUUCCAUUUUAGAGUCCAUUUAUUUUUUCUUCCUUUUUCCCUUUCGUGCUAGGUAAUGUCUAAUCAAGUCUAGUCACGUAAAAUUUGAGCUGAUUGGCAGUAAAUUUUUGGUUUUUUCCUCUCUGGGUUUCAUCUGGUUUGAUAUGAUCCCGGUAGUAAGCGGCGAAAAUGGAUUCUUUGAUACGAUUUUUUUUUUGUUUAAUUUGGGUUUCCUUCUUUCUGGGCUAUUUGUCUUGGAAAAAGGGUUGCGAGCUUAUAGGAGCAAACAAUUUUCUGUGUCUAUAAUAAUAAUAAUAAUUAAUUUUUUUUUGGUGUAAUGUUUGUCUCGGUUUUUUUUUUUAUUUUGGACGGAAAGUGAUGAAUUUUGUUGGGAUUUUAUUGGUGGUGUUUGAUUCGGCAAAAGCGAUUAGAUGAAGGACUGAGAUUGGAAAUAUCUUUGAUGUCUCAUUCUUGUGAUUUGUUCCUAUUUCCCUGAUGAUUUUUUUGGGGUCAAAUCUACUGUAUCAUAGAUUCUUUAGGGUUUUUGAGGUUUUAUUUGAUUUGGGAAAUGGGUUGAAAAGAUUAUAUUGGGUUGAUAUAUGUUUAGUUUUUCUUGAUCUUGUGGUAAUCUUUCUGGGUGUUUCUUUUCUUGUUGGAAAAUUAUUAAUUUCAACAAACCAAUCCAGUUUUGAUCUGCCAUAUAAGCCAAAGCCAUGAUGAGUUUGAUGUCCCAUCAGCAUUGGCAUUGGGUCCGGUCGAUGUCUUUUCGGUUCAUAUUGACUGGCCUUGAUUUGAGGAAUCAUAACAAGGCUCUAAAAGUACAUUGAUAUUCCAAUUUGAUCUGGAACCCCCAGGACGGGUUCAGAGGACGCUUUAAGUGGUUUUGGGAAUUUGUACGCUGUACCGCCUCAGAUUCUCAUAGACAUUUGCUGACCUGAAAAUUUUAAUUUGGAUUUGUUUUCUCCCAUUAGAUUCUCGGGCAAUUUGUGCACUUAUCUUUUGUUUGCAAAAGGGGGACAUAGUGGAUGCCAAGUAAUGUGGAUGAUGCUUGUGAAUUUUUCGGUUCAUUUAUCUAUCUUGUUCUUUGAAUUGAGUUAUGGACCGAGGACUGUAAGAGAACGGAAGGUAUGGGUUCAGACAUGAACUUCAGGAACUUCUCUGAUGCUCCAUCGGCUGAUGCAAGUGCCGCCAGGUUGAGUGGAAACAUCCCUUUAACUCGACAGCCCUCGAUUUAUUCCCUAACUUUUGAUGAGUUCCAAAACACAUGGGGUGGACUAGGGAAGGAUUUUGGGUCGAUGAACAUGGAUGAGCUCUUGAAGAGCAUAUGGAAUGCUGAGGAAACUCAGGCAAUGACCUCCAAUGCAGGAGGAGCAGGUGAAGGAGGGAGCAGUGGGCCCGGGAAUCUGCAAAGGCAGGGAUCGCUUACUCUGCCCCGAACUCUUAGUCAGAAGACAGUCGAUGAAGUGUGGAAGGAUUUGUUCCAUGGGAGUGAGGGACCAGGAGAUGGGAUUAAAGGGGAACCUGUAUCGAAUUUGCCUCAGAGGCAGAAGACUUUGGGCGAAAUGACAUUGGAGGAGUUCUUAUUGAGGGCUGGAGUUGUGAGAGAAGAGAUGCAAACACAACAGAUUGGGAGGCUUGGUGAUGGAGGUUUCUAUGGCGACCUGUCACGGAUUAGCAAUAACAUUAAUAACAAUAAUGCCGGUCUAGCUCUUGAGUUUCAACAGCAGACUCAGAAAAAUGGUCUUGUGGGCACUACACACAUUCCGAAUGUAGCAUUAAAUGUUCCAGGGAUCCGAUCUUCUCAAUCUCAGCAGCACCCGCUCUUCCCUAAACCGGCAACAGUGGCUUUUGCUUCUUCAAUCAAUCUACCAAACACCUCUCAAUUGGUGAGCGCACAAGUAACGAAGGGCGUGAUGGGAAUUAUUGAGCCGCCCGCCGGCAAUUCUGUCAUUCAAGUCAGUGGAAUUACAAAUGGGGGACUCAGUGUUGCAGUUCCAAUAGGGAUGAGAUCUCCUGCUACGAGCCAGUUAUCGCCUGCUGUUUCUAAGAACACUGCGGAUUCAUCGGUUUCACCAGUUCCUUAUGCUUAUGGCCGUGGGAGGAAACGAAAUGGUGCAUUGGAGAAAGUAGUUGAGAGAAGACAGAAAAGGAUGAUAAAGAAUCGGGAGUCUGCCGCUCGGUCGAGGGCUCGCAAGCAGGCCUAUACCCUGGAGCUGGAAGCAGAGGUUGCCAAACUCAAAGAAAUCAACGAGGAAUUGCAGAAAAAACAGAACGAAUUCGUGGAGAUGCAAAAGAAUCAGCAGAUCCUGCAGACAACUAAUGGAAACUGGGGGAACAAGAGGCUUUGCUUGAGGAGGACCCUGACUGGCCCCUGGUAGGAUCCCCGUGUUCAAGCGUGGAUGUUCGAGUGCGACAUAUGCAGGCUGUAGGGGAAGGGUAGGUAUUAGAUGUAGCCGUGUGAAUAUCACCCGCACGAGGUUGUAAAUUUUGAGCUGCAAUAAGCUUUUGUCUGUAGAUUGAUCAAACUUGCAGUAGUAAUAGGAUAAGGGAUGUAUAGAAUGUCUGCAGAAAGUUUCAUGUUCCAGUUGUGUGGAUAAUCCGAUCCCGGCGGCUUCAGCGAGUCCUUUGUAGUCUAGACUCAGCUUUAACCUUGGUUCGAAAAUAAUCUCUGUUCACUGAUCCUCCUGUUCGUUCUUUUUGAUGCAUCUUUACCUCA